UGGCCACAAGUGUCCCGACUGUGCCUGGAAUCAACUCACUGCAGCGGCUAAACAAGGUCCUGUGACGACCAGGAGAGACAUUCUACUUCCCCUGUGUGAAUAAAACGCCAUUUUCAUAGCGUUGGAGUAUAAAGGAAUAACCGCUUCUCACCUAAACCCAGUCAGCUGGCUAUCUUUGAAGUGGAUCACAGAUCACUGAACGAACACAAAGGACGACAUCCUCCGCUGGCGUGCUAUGGCCUCUGAUUUGAGCAGUACCUUAUAUCACUCAAGCAGAUCUCAGUAAACACUGGGGUUGUUUUAGCUGUAUGCUGCUGCAGCAGGGAUGAUCAUGUCCCAUAUGAACGGUUAUGUGCAAGAGGCCUCUGGUCAGGCCAAGAGCCACAGGGAGAGGGCGGUGGACUGUCCAGGGGAGGAAAGUAGCCUUGUCAAAUCUCCACACAGUAGUGCCCACAUGGAACGGAUUCAGCACUACCAGGAGGAGCUGAGGAAGAGGAGAGAGGAGGACAGCAGGGGGAAGCACGACAUCGACCCCAACGCUUCACUGAGACUCAAGAAGCUGUCACAGAACCCCAAAGUGGGCAUUGACAAUCCCACCUUUGAAGGAAAGGAAAAGGCCACCAAAGACACAUGCUCCCAGGAUCCUGUAGCCGACCUGACGGAGGUGCUGCAGGCUCUGAAGUGGGCGAAGCAUUGCCUGAGUGAUGCACAGAGCCAGCAGGAUGUGGAGCUGAUCAUGCAGCUGCUUGCCAAGGAGGACUUCAAGAAUGCCUACACUAUCUACAGUGCUGUGUCACAGCAGAUGACCAGAGUCAGUCCCACCUCACCCCUCACAGCACAAGCAGGGGAUCUCUGCAUGGAGGUCCAGAAGAUUCUCCAGUCCAGCCAACAGAAGGAGGGUUUGGAGCUCAAGGCUCUGCUCACCAAUCCUCAUCUUAAGGCCCAUGACAGUGUGGCAGGGCAGGAACUGGCAGAGGAAGCUGUGACCCAGUACCUCGGAGAGACAGUGAAACUGGUGCGGCUGGAGAAGGCUCGCGACACUCCACUGGGUGCGACAGUACGUAACGACAUGGACAGCGUGGUGGUGAGUCGCGUGGUGAAAGGUGGAGCAGCGGAGAGGAGCGGCCUUCUCAGUGAGGGAGACGAGAUCCUAGAAAUCAACGGCGUGUCCAUUCGCGGAAAACACAUCAAUGAAGUCCAUGACUUACUGCAACAAAUGCACGGCACUCUGACCUUCCUCCUCAUCCCGAGCUCUCAGAUUAAACCUGCCCCUCACAGACAGACUGUGAUGCACGUACGGGCUUACUUUGACUACGACCCCUCCGAUGACCCCUUCGUGCCGUGUCGGGAGCUUGGCCUCUCCUUCACGAAAGGAGACAUCCUCCACGUCAUCAGCCAGGACGACCCCAACUGGUGGCAGGCCUACAGGGACGGAGAUGAGGACAAUCAGCCUCUGGCUGGACUCAUUCCAGGGAAAAUGUUCCAGCAACAGAGAGAGACCUUGAAGAAAACUAUAACAGACAGGAGUCGAGAGCAACAAGGGAAGCUUUGGUAUGCAAAGAAAAGCAAGAAACUGAGGAAGAAGAGCACAUCUACCAUAAGCAGAAAUAGUGACUACGAUGACAUCUUGACCUAUGAGGAGAUGUCACUUUAUCACCAGCCUGCCAACCGUAAACGCCCCAUCGCUCUGAUCGGUCCGACAAACAGCGGCCAUGAUGAGCUGCGUCGGAGGCUCCUGUCCAUCGAACCGGAAAAGUUUGCUGUUGCUGUUCCACACACAACCAGAAACUCAAGGAUACAUGAACGGAAUGGGCGCGAGUACCAUUUCGUGAGUCGGCCUGCCUUUGAAACCGACCUGGGGGCAGGGAAGUUCAUCGAGUCGGGGGAAUAUGAGAAGAACUUGUACGGCACCAGCACCGACUCCGUUCGACAUGUCGUCAACUCUGGACGCAUCUGUUUGCUCUGUCUGCACACCAGGUCACUGCAGGUACUGAGAUCCUCCAACCUCAAGCCCUAUGUAAUCUUCAUCGCUCCUCCUUCUCAGGAACGACUGCGCACUCUGCUGGCAACAGAGGGGAAAACACCAAAGCCUGAAGAGCUAAAGGAGGUUAUUGAAAAAGCCCGUGAGAUGGAGCACAACUUCGGCCACUUCUUUGAUGCAUCCAUUGUGAACAUGGAUCCAGACCAGGCUUUCCACGAGCUGCGCAGGCUGAUAGACAAGCUGGACACUGAGCCACAGUGGGUGCCCACCUCCUGGCUGUGCUAAAGGUCACAGGGUGUCACUGCAGGGAGCCUCGGGGGAGGAAGGGGUGAAACGAGAUGAAUGUUCCUGGAGAUGUAGCAUGAAGGAUGGACAGUGCUGAUUGUCACUGGAUUUUCACUUGCACAUUCUCCUCAUCGAUAGAAGAGGUGAUCUUUACCACGUGUUGCAGGGAUGGACUCAAGUUUCUUACAUUUCUUUAUUUCUUUAUGUUUGUGUCUGUCUUUGUGGGUGAUCUUUUUCUUUGUGUUUAUUAUCAAUCUCAGUUUUAUGCAAAGUCAUUUAUCAAACACAUAGAAAUGUUUCUAUCCUAUUCUUAAUAGUUAUUUAUAAAUGUAAAUAUAUAUUUUCUAGACAAAUAUUUUAUUGUUGCAUUUUGUGUAUGUGUGACAUACAAAAUGGUACACUUUAACUGGGAGAGUGUUGUUGUCACAUUUACAAAAAGGCUUCCCAGAUAAAGCAGUUAACCAAAAGUGGUCUAGAUACCAAACAGAAGAGAAGCUUGUGCUUAAACGGAUUGUUUGGACUUUUUUAAGUGGGGUUGUAUGAUCAUUUUCCAUAGUCAGUGUAUUACCUACAGUAGAUAUCGGUCGGCGCCUCCCCAGUUUGGAGAAGCAGGCAGGAGUACAGAGGACAGAGGCAGACGCUAAAAGUAUUUUAGCCACCUAAAAAAAGUCUAUCAAUUUAAACAUACAUUAUAUUAAGAAGAAUUUAGACACUUUACCUUGGCGUCACACAGCCCUGUUUAAGUUUACACUCGGGGAACUGAAGCUGUUAUCAGCAAAACAGCAAUUUUACUUCUGGGAGAAAACAGGAGUUGGUGGUCUACCGCUGCCUUGAUCAGUUUAAUUUUUUAUUAUUGUGUGGCUUUUGUGAAUCUAUUCCUUGAAAACACAAAAUUCACACAAUAAGACAGACAAACUAACCGAUGGAGGCAGCAGCACACCAGCAACUCCCGUGUUCUGCGCUGUAAAAGUACAGUACUGAUGGCUUUAAAAAGAGCAUAAGGCGUGCUUCAACUGAGUACUUUUUGGAAAGCAGCUGAGUGUUUUGGCUAUGCCCACUAGUUAGUUCUCCUCUGCCUCUGUUCCCAUACAGCUACUUUUGUAGCGGCUAACCAACAGAGUUUGAAUGUAAAAAUGUAAUCUACUCUAGACUAUGGAUCAUACAACUCCAUUUUUAAAAAUCACAACUAUCUCUUUAAAGUGGCUACAGUGUAACGUCUUCCAUUUAAAAACACACUAGAAAAAACUGCUGUAUUCUGCAAAGUUUUGAGGUUUACUUCCUGUACACAAGUGUCGUUAUUAUUUUGUGUAGUCUCAUGUCUCAACAGACCUCAAAUCUAAGGUAUUGUCUCUAGCUGGUCAUCAUUACUAUCAGUAUAUCAUGCCGCAAAGUACUGCUGAGAUUGUUUUUAUACAUGUAUUGUAUGAACAAGACAACUUCUCAUUUAGUGUAACUCAAACAGACAGCGUUGCUUCUUUGCAAGUACUUAUUCAGUCAUAAGCACAAUUCUGGAAAAGUGUUAAUAAAAUCAGAUUCAUAUGUGAACAUGAACAUAUUGAAUGCAUUGAUUUU